UUGGAACUGCUGAAAGGACUGUGUUGUAGACUGGAGACGAAUGAUGUCGUAUUCCUCCCUCUCUGUUGAGAAAGGGCUGUUCAAUUUUGACAUAGAUGGCCUCUUUGACCCCCCCCUUCUGAAACAAUAAUGAGGAUAGUGACAUACUCAGCUAUCUACCUUCAAUGUUUCUUUUCAAUCAAAUCUAUCAAGGUGCCAUUCAGCCAUAAAUUGCAUCUCUUUAUUCACUUGUCCCUGGAUAAAUUUGCAGAUAUUGGAGCCAAUCACCCUUGCAUGUUGGGCUCAAAUUUGACAGUUCCCUUGCAGUGGAGUCCUCACAAGUCCCAUUGAGGUCAAUAGAAUGUUUGCUCAGGUAAGUGCAUGGAAGAUUUAUGGUGGAUAUUUUUUAAUGGGUCCUGAAUACAGGUAGUCCUCAGCUUACGACUGGGACCAGAACUUCCAUUUCUAAACAAAGUGAUUGUUAGGUGAGUCACACUCAGUUUUAUGUCCUUUUUGUCACAGUUGUUAAACGAAUCACUGCAUUUGUUAAAUGGUCAUUAAGCUAAUCCAUCUUCCCCUACUGACUUUGCUAGCUGGAAGCUGGCUAGGAAGGGUCUAUUCUAAUUUUGCAUUAGAAUAAUAUCUAGUUCAAUUUUCUCUAGGACUGAAAAAAAAUUCUUGGCUUCAGUUAUUAGAAACUGGUCAGUCUAAAAUUAGCAGGCUGAGAUGCAUUGUGGUUUAUUUUCCAGGCACAGAUUAAGUUCACCCUGCUCCAGAAUUCUAUGCAAUUCACAGGGUUUCUGCAAAGUAUAUCCAGAGACUGCCAAGAUGGCUGAUGUUGAAGGACUAAAGCCAUUAUUUUAGCAUUAACGUUCAACUGUCCUUUAGAUGUUUUGGAAAAUUGUAAUUAUCCGCGUAGAAUCCUGCUUUGCUUGAAGUUCUGUGUUGUGUCCUGUGGUUUGUUUUGAGUAACUGCAAUUGUCUGGUGCUUCUUCUUCUUCUUCAUAGGGGAAUAAAUCUUUUCUUUGGAGUAAUUCUAGAGAGGGGCCACAGCAGUUGGCCAUCAUUUUAGAAUUUUGCCUAGUUGCAGAUGGCUCUGCCUGGCAUUUCUUCUGUUUCUCUCUCGCUGUGUUAGGAGCCUUUAAGGCUCAGCUCCAGAGCAUUUUGAGGGUAGGUCUCUGGACUUUAUUUUGUUCCCUAGUGGCUCAAUUUCUCCUUCGUUGGCACAGACUUGCCUCCUGUCUGCCUGACAUCAUGUCACUGACUCAUUCUCAAACCACGGAGCAUCGCUUGCCUCUAUGAAUCAAAAACAAAACUGUGUCAGAUAAAAAGUGGGGAAGAUUGGAGAGUUUGGGGGCAGACAGACACCUGAGGCUACCCGGAAAAACAACAACAACAGAACAAAGAUGAGGACAGCUGAAAACUGAUCUGUAAAACACAGGUUUGCAGAGGACAAAAAAGAUCAAGAGACCUUUAUACAUCCAAUGAUGUUCCUGGCCAUCAGCACGCUUUCUGUCUUAUUAAUGCUACCCGCUCAACAUAUGGGAAUGGUCCCACCUUGUCCUCAUUUGGAUCCAGAACUGGAACUCUGGCAGCCAGGACAUGAUGAAGGGAAUCACGUGAACAUUAGCCAAGGCCAGAAGCUUCUCUUAUCUUCUUCUGCCACCGUUCAUUCCAUCGUCAUCACAAAUGGAGGAAAACUAGUGAUUAAAGAUAACACAGUCCCCAUUGUUUUGCGCACUCGUCAUAUACGGAUAGAAAAUGAUGGAGAACUAAAUAUUGGGAGUGAGAACUGCCCUUUCCGGAACAGCCUGACAAUCAUCUUAUAUGGACGGGCUGAUGAUGGCAGCCAGCCUGACAGUUACUUUGGGCGAAAAUUCAUUGGCGUCAUUAACGGUGGAACUCUUGAGGUUCACGGUGAGAGAAAGCUGUCCUGGACUUUCUUAAACAAGACUCUGAAUCCAGGGGGAUUGGAAGAAGGGGGAUAUUACUUCGAACGAAGCUGGGGACAUCGUGGUAUCAUUGUCCAUGUCAUUGAUCCAAAGACUGCAGCUGUCAUCCAUUCUGAUCGAUUUGACACCUACAAACUCAAAAGCGAAAGCCUCCGUUUUGUGCAAUAUUUGAACGCUGUGGAGGACGGCAUGAUCUUGUCGGUUGCGGUCAAUGACGAAGGCUCCAAGAAUUUGGACGACUUGGCCAGGAAAGCAAUGACCAAACUGGGCAGCAAGCAUUUUCUCCACCUUGGCUUUAGGCAUCCCUGGAGCUUUAUUACAGUCAAAGGAAAACCUUUGUCAUCUGUGGAAGAUCAUGUUGAAUAUCAAGGACGCAGAACUUCAGCUCUAGCCAAAGUAUUCAAAUUGUUCCAGGCAGAAAACGGAGAGCGUUUCAAUGUGUCUUCAACCAGUGAGUGGGUUCAAGAUGUUGAGUGGACUGAAUGGUUUGAGAAGCCAAAAAUAUCAAAAUCCAAAGAUGGAGAGAGACUCUCUGAUUUAAGAGCUGCUCACCCAGAAAUCUGUGAUCAUCCUAUCGAUCUCCAGGCGGUCACACUUGAGGGAACGAAACUGGCAACUGAGGUCCUAUACAAAAAAGGCCAUGAUUAUAGGUUUUUUUGCCAUGGCCCAGAGCAGACGGAGAAAGGCUGUCAUAACUACAGAGUGCGCUUCUUAUGUGGCCAAUCUGUAAGACCCAAGCUUACCAUGCGGGUGGAUACCAACGUGAACAGUACAAUCCUAAGACUGGCUGAUAAUGUGCAGUCGUGGAAAGUGGGAGACAAGAUCGUGGUGGCCAGCACGGACUACUCCAUGUACCAAGCUGAAGAGUUUGAGCUUUUGCCCUGCAGAGCCUGUAAGCCCAACGAAGUCAAAGUGGCAGGAAAAGCCAGCUACCUUCACACAGGAGAGAUAAUUGAUGGAGUUGAUAUGCGGGCUGAAGUCGGACUGCUAACCCGAAACAUUCUAGUGAUGGGCGAGAUGGAGGCGAGAUGUUACGCUUAUAAUGCUCAUCUGUGCUCCUUCUUUGAUUUUGAUACUUUUGGCGGACACAUCAAGAUUGGACUUGGAUUUAAAUCUGUCCACAUGGAAGGCGUGGAGUUGAAGCAUAUGGGCCAGCAGUUGCUGGGACACUACCCAAUUCACUUCCACAUGGCUCAAGACGUGGAUGAGAAGGGGGGCUACCAGCCCCCUACGUAUGUGAAAGAUAUGUCCAUCCAUCACACCUUCUCUCGUUGUGUCACCGUGCAUGGCUCCAAUGGUUUGCUGAUUAAGGACGUGGUUGGGUAUGACUCUUUGGGUCAUUGUUUCUUCACUGAAGAUGGCCCUGAAGUACGUAAUACCUUUGAUCACUGCCUCGGACUUGUGGUGAAACCCAGCACUUUGCUACCGUCGGACCGGGACACCAGAAUGUGCAAGACCAUUACUGAAGAUGCUUAUCCGGGAUAUGUCCCCAAACCAAGACAGGAUUGCAAUGCCGUCUCAACUUUCUGGCUGGCAAACCCACACAACAACCUCAUAAACUGCGCAGCAGCAGGAUCCGAAGAAACAGGAUUUUGGUUUGUUUUGCAUCAUGUACCAACAGGACUUUCUGUCGGAAUGUACCCACCUGGCUAUUCAGAGCACAUUCCAAUGGGCUUGUUUUAUAAUAAUCGAGCCCACUCCAAUUACCGAGCUGGAAUGAUAAUUGACAACGGAGUUAAAACAACGCCAGCAUCAGCCAAAGACAAACGGCCAAUCCUGACUCUGAUUUCUGGAAGGUACAGCCCACACAAGGAUGCUGACCCUUUGAAGCCCAGGGAACCGGCUCUAAUUCAGCGUUUUAUCGCUUACAAGAAUCAGGACCACGGAGCAUGGUUGAGAGGAGGAGAUGUGUGGUUGGAUGAUUGCCAAUUUGCUGACAACGGCAUUGGCCUCACUUUGGCUAGUGGUGGAACUUUCCCACACGAUGACGGAUCAAAACAAGAAAUUAAAAAUAGCCUUUUUGUUGGUGAAAGUGGAAAUACAGGGACCGAAACAAUGGACAACAACAUCUGGGGACCUGGAGGAUUAGACCACGGUGGACGGACUUUGCCCAUUGGCCAGAACUUCCCAAUCAGAGGCAUUCAGUUUUAUGAUGGGCCAAUCAAUGUUCAGAAUUGCACUUUCCGAAAAUUUGCUGCACUAGAAGGCCGACAUACCAGUGCUCUGGCUUUCCGCCUGAACAAUGCCUGGCAAAGUUGUCCUAACAACAACGUCACAAAUUUGUUCUUCGAAGAUGUCCCGAUUUCCUCUAGAGUAUUCUUUGGGGAGCCUGGACCUUGGUUCAAUGGGUUAGACAUGGAUGGCGAUAAAACAUCAGUUUUCCAUGAUGUCGAUGGCUCCGUGUCAGAAUAUCCUGGGUCAUACCUUAUCAAGGAGGACAAUUGGCUCAUUAAACAUCGAGACUGCAUCGAAGUUCCAGACUGGAGAGGAUCCAUCUGUAGUGGACGUUACGCACAGGUGUACAUCCAAGCAUAUAAAUCAUCCAAUCUGAAGAUGAAAAUCAUCAAAAAUGACUUCUACACACACCCCUUGUAUUUAGAAGGCGCUCUGAGCAAAAGUACCCAUUACCAACAAUACCAGCCUGUGAUCACUCUGCAGAAAGGCUACACCAUCCAUUGGGACAAGGGAGCUCCUGAGGAAUUAGCUAUCUGGCUCAUCAAUUUCAAUAAGAAUGACUGGAUCCAAGUUGGAUUUUGUUAUCCUAAAGGGACAACAUUUUCCAUUCUCUCAGAUAUUCACAAUCGCCUUUUGAAGAAAACCUACAAAACUGGGGUGUUCUAUCCAGCUUUUCAAAUGGACAGACUUGAAUAUCGAUAUCCUACCAAAGGCUAUUACUACUGGGAUGAAGACACUGGGUUGUUAUUUCUCAAACUGAAAGCUCAGCACGAGAAGGAGCCCUUUGCUUUCUGUUCCAUCCGAGGCUGUGAACGGAUCAGGAUCAAAGCCAAUAUCCCUAAGCAAACUGGUACCAGUGACUGUGAAGUUUUAGCUUAUCCAAAAUAUGCUGAGAAGCCGACAGUGGACGUGCCAAUGCCCAAAAAACUGCCCAGUGCACACAUGAACAAGAAGGAUCACUUUGUAGAACUGAAGAUAGACAGCUACAAAACCAAAUAUUAUCAUCUCAAGGAUGACUUUGCCUACAUCUCAGUUGAUGGCAAGUCAUUCUAUCUUUCUGAAGAGGGCAUUCAAGUAGUAGUGAUUGACGGUCACGAGGGGAAAGUUGUUGACCGGAAGAGUUUCAAAAAUAUUAUUCUGCAAGGAAUCCCAGCUCAGAUCAUCAAUUAUGUCAACAACAUUCAAAACAACUCUAUAGUGGUGAUGACCUCAAAAGGAAGGUUUGUUUCAAAAAGUCCAUGGACCAAAGUCCUGGAGACACUUGGAGCAAAACCAGGCUUUAAAUUGAAAGAUAAAAUGGCUUUUGUUGGCUACAAGGGCAGCUUCCAGCCUUUCUGGAUCAAGCUGGAGACCAAUGAAGAAGCCGUGAGAAUCUUUCAAGCGCUGCCCGUUCCUGUGGUCAAGAAAAUGAAACUCUGAGGAAGCAUCUCUCUUUGAAAACACCCUCCAAAGAAAAAAGGAUGAGAGGAAUGACGGCUUUUCUAAGAUGUAAUAUAUUUUGUUGCUGUACAUAAGAGAGAAGUUACUGUAAAUAAGCCUUCACCUUGAACAACCAACAUUCCUUGAUCAAACGAGUCCAGUUGGUUUGAUCUGUUUGGUUACUAACAGAUUCCCUGUCCUGCCAGCAGGUUCAGGGCAACAGUUUUUUUUUUGUUUGUUUGUUUGUUUUGUUUUAAAUGGUCUCAUCUUGUCUCAUCUCAAUUCUGUGAAGCACCAUGGCCACCUCUUGGUUGAUUCGUAGAUCACUGUGGUCCUGAAUUCAUUGGACGUGCAGAAGAUGUUUCUUCUUCUUCUUCUUCUCCAAUUCAACCUUUCACUCGUCUUGAAUGUUCAAAUGCAGACUCAGGAAAUGAAUUCCACUUUUACGUGGUACUGUUGGCUAUGUAAAUAAGGAAGUGUAAGCUAAAGUCAAUAUGCACAGCUAGCAAGAACUGCCAAAUGUCAAGAGCUGGUCAGUAUGGCUAGACUGGUCAAUGGGCACUGCACAGGGUGAACUAGAGGGGCAAUUUUAUAGGCACUGUUUCUUGUCUCACUCGAAUGCUAGAAUAGUGUUAAGCUUUCCAGUUGCAUUAAAGCUAUUGCUGAGAUGGUGGGAAUCUCACACGACAAGACCAUGGAGAUCCCGUCAUAGGAAGUCAUCGUUCAUGAAACAAUUACUUUGAACGUACAGGAUAUAUUUGGCUAAAAAGAGGAAUAUCUACCCUUUUCCUAGCCUGAAAGAUGUUACUUCUUCCCUCGUACGCAUAUUUAAUACUAACUGAAACUAUAUUAAGCUAUAGGCAAACAGGGCUAUGUAUACGUUCCCUGCCCACAUUCCUGGAUCAGCAAGUAAAAAUCUCAAAAGCCCUUAAGCGGGGGAAUAUUGUACAAUGAUGAUAGUAAUUAAGGACAGUUUCAAUCAAGACUGUCCAGCUUGUGCCCUUCUCUACAGGCAGUCCUCAAGACUACAAUUGAGUCCCAAAUUUCUGUUGCUAACUGAGACAUUUGUUAAGUGAAUUUUGCCCCCUUUUACGACCUUUCCUGCCGCAAUUGUUAAGUGAAUCACUGCAAUUGUUAGGGGGAUCUGACUUUGCUUGUCAGGGCAUAAAAGACAAUCACACGACCCCAAGCCAUCUUAAGUGUAAAUCAGUUGCCAAGCAUCCAAAUUUUGAUCACAUGACCCUGGGGAUACUGCAACGGUCUUAAGUGUGAAAAACGAUCAUAAGUCACUUUUUUCACUGUUGUCACUUCGAACAGUCACUAAAGGAAUGGCUGUAAGUCCAGAGUGAGCCUUUUAAGGUUUCCGACACCCAACUGACCAUUUAUGUUCUUUGAACCGUGACUUUUCCGAAGUUAUUAUCCAUAGCAACUUGUUUCAACAACCUACAUUUAACAGUCCGCUUUACACGAUCUUUUGUUUUUGUCCGUAUGUCAAUUCAAAUCUUUUACCCGAAAUAGCUGGUCCUUUUUCGGAACAAGAUGUACAGCGUUUUGUAUAUUUUAUAAAGAAAAAUGAUAAUAAUAAUCUUGAUGGGGGAAUGAUAUAUUUAUUUAUUGCAAAGGCACAAAAGGGUUAUAACCGAAGAGAGCAAAGAUGAUACAACAGUGGGGGAAGGUGGGAGGGGUUUUUGCCAAAAAAUAAAAUAAAAAAUGUAAGGAGUGCUCUCUUUGCAGUUGAAUUUUUUUAAUGGUUGCAGGUGUGACAUACGGUCUCUUUGACAGAAAUCCUUUUUUUUUUAAUACGAUACACCUCUCGUUUCCAAAUGUUUUCACUUGCAACUUAACAUUUUGUGGUUUGGAAUACCCAAUUUAUUGAAAUAAAAAUUUCAGCACAAUUUGA